AUGGAUAUGAAGAGGGGGAGGAAGGAAGCACGAAGAUACCAGUGGGGGAGAGGCGUUGCCGAGGGUUGUGGGCGGUUGCGCUGGUUUCUGGAUCUACCCAGAUGGCUACAGGCCCUAUGGUUUAUCUAUGCUACUAGUACUACUUUCAUUCUUGCAAAAAAAGAAGGAAGCUGCGCAGCUACUAGAUACACUGCAGACCAUAUAUAAAAAGCGGCGGAAGAAAGAAAGCACCAAAGGAGCGGGGGGAGGAGGGCUGCGGUGGGUUGCGGAGGGUUGCGGAGGGUUGCGGUGGGUUGCGGAGGGUUGCGGAGGGUUGUGGUCGGUGGCGGAUAUGGUGCGGCUUUUUUUGUCUACGAAUAUCUAGUAUGUAUGAUAUUUUGUAUCUAUACAUAAAUAGCAUAUGAGUAUGUAGAUACGGCACUACAUAGGUGUAGAGAUGCGGGGGGGGAGAGGCUCGCGCGCCCGUGGGUUGCGGAGGGCUGCGGAGGGUUGCGGAGGGUUGUGGAGGGAUUGCAAUCUGCGCAAACGCGAGCAAGACUGCUUGUGCCUAGUAUGCCGGGAUAUGAAGAGGGGCCGCGGCCAUUGGAAAACCCCGACCAAGCACCUUGAUGGCGAGACUCAGUGCUGAAAAUCAAAAUCUGAAUCUACUUCAUCCGCAUGGAUAUGAAGAUACCAGCAAGAAUAUUAAUUUUCCCCCCGCCGAAGUACAUCAAGCAGGAACAUUGAUGUUGUAUUUGUUGGACUCGCCGGCCCCAGAAAAAUGA